AUGGCAGAUUUCAGGGACGAACUGGGCUCUAUAGACGUUGACACCGACAUACAAGAAAUCCUCCUUGCUGCAUCGCAACAUAACAUUCCAAAACUUCGUCAACUAAUCCGCGCCAAUGAGAAAGCAGAAAACCCAGUGAAUGUCAAAGACCCUGAGACCGGUUACACUCCUCUUCAUGCUGCAAUUUCUGCGUGUGAGUCAGAUGCCAAGGAAUUAACAAACAACCAUGAAGCUACCAAUGGCACUUCAAAUGGAGAUUCCGCAGCAGCAUUAGAUGGAUCGUGUAGCGUGGCUGACCGGGCCAGGGAUGUUGUGAAGUUCCUUCUGCAAGAAGGGGCCAUUUGGAAUGACUUGGAUGCUAACAAUGAAACCCCUGGCUGUUUGGCUAGGAGACUUGGGCUCAAAGAGCUUUAUGGUUUAAUGGUUGAUGCAGGCGUGCGAGCUGAAAUGCUCCUUAAUCGAUUGGAUGGUUAUCAAAUGCUCUCAGAUGAUGACGGCGAUGAGAAAGAGGAUGAGGAUGCUUCUCUUGUGGUGGAGGAAUCCGAGGAGGGAAUGCCGCACCCCGCUGCUGAGCUGAGUAAUGGGGCAAAUCAGAAUAGGGUAGAGUCAGCAGACGCUGAUGUUACCAGCUCUCGCUACCUUCAAUCAAAAUUGACAUUCCAACAUGAUCGAUUAGUCGACGAAGAUCAAAAUAGUGUUAUGAUGGCGUGGGAAACAGACAUCAUGUCAAAUUCUGCGAAAGCCCUUCUUCCCACUCCUGGAUUGCGUGUUGUAAACAUUGGACAUGGAAUGGGAAUCGUGGACCAUCUUUUCCAAGCACAACAGCCAAGCGCACACCACAUCAUCGAAGCGCAUCCUGCCGUCAUAGAGGAUAUGAAAAAGAAAGGUUGGCAUGAAAGGCCCGGUGUCACCAUCCACGAGGGCAGAUGGCAGGACGUCCUUCCAAAACUUAUAGAUGAAGGGAAGACAUUUGAUGCAAUUUAUUACGACACUUUUGCCGAAACCUACUCUGACUUCCGAGAAUUCUUUUCCGAGCAAGUAAUCGGCCUCCUUGAGCCGAACGGCAAAUGGGGCUUCUUCAACGGGAUGGGUGCGGACCGACAAAUAAGCUAUGAUGUCUAUCAGAAAGUUGUGGAAAUGGACCUCCUGGAGGCUGGAUUCGAUGUCGAUUGGGAAGAAGUGAAGGUCCCGCCGCUUGAAGGGCAAUGGAGCGGUGUUCGAAGGAAAUAUUGGGAUGUAGAUAACUACAGAUUGCCGACUUGCAGUUCAAGGGAAUCCCUUGUAAGAGUCCUGUUGCUCAUCACAAUGUGA